AUGGCCCAGCGAGCUAGCGAAGCCUACCCACAGUUCGCUGGACUUAUCGAUACCUGGGUGACCCAGAACGACAUGAGGUCACUUUGGGGAUAUAACAACACUUUCGGCGAAGCUCCGUCCAUUUGGGAUGACUUUGUAGAAUACAUUCUGGAUCUGGUCUCAGAACACCCCGCCUAUACCGAAACUGUCAAAGCUAUACCGUCUGGCCUCGGAGGCGUAGAAGAAGGCCGCAAUGCAUUGCAAUUGAAGGACCUACGCCUCCAACCUUGGCUCGUUGUCGGUCUGUCGGAUCUCAAACGCAUGUCGAACGUUAUUCUUAGUGCUUCCGGAACACCGCGCUAUUACAAGAAGACGCGAUAUGCCUAUUCCGCGGCUGCUUUGGCACUACAAUUCCUGGCCUCGUUAUCCGAAACAAUCCGACUAUCCGUCCGGAAGAUCGUACUCGAGGAAGACCAUGUAUCAGUAGCGCGACCAGAAUCUCACGGCCGAGGUUUCAUAAGCGAAACUCCAGGUUGA